UUGAUCGGCAGCGGAACAAAGUUCACCGAGAGUCAACUCCGACUUUUCUGGCCAAUCUUAGCUUCAGAGGCGGGGGGAUAUAAAUGUGCAAGGUAACAGAAAUGUGCUAACGGAGCAGGACCAGGUUCACCGGAGACAAAGACCAGAGACAAAGAGACAUUCGGGAAAGAUGGUCUACAUCAAACCUCCGUCCCUGGUGCCGGUGUCCAUUGACGCGCUGCAGGCUCUGCUCGGCGCCCUCUGCCUGUGCGUCGCCGCGCUCGCGCUGCUGCUGGUCCGCCAGCUCUUCAAGCAGAGGAGACCCCCGGGAUUCCCUCCCGGUCCGUCUCCUAUCCCCGUCAUAGGCAGCAUUCUGUCACUGGCCACUGAGCCGCACGUCUUCCUCAAGAAGCAGAGUGAGGUUCACGGACAGAUCUUCAGUCUGGACCUGGGAGGCAUCCUGACCGUGGUGCUGAACGGCUACGACUGCAUGAAAGAGUGUCUGUACCAUCAGAGCGAGGUGUUUGCCGAUCGCCCGUCGCUGCCUCUGUUUCAGAAGAUGACCAAAAUGGGUGGCCUUCUCAACUGCAAAUAUGGCAAAGGCUGGAUCGACCAUCGCAAACUGGCGUGCAACUCCUUCCGUUACUUCGGCAGCGGCCAGCGGCUCUUUGAGAGGAAGAUCUCGGAGGAGUGCAUGUUCUUCGUCGACGCCAUCGACGAGCACAAGGGCCGGCCCUUCAACCCCAAGCACCUGGUGACCAACGCCGUGUCCAACAUCACCAACCUGGUCAUCUUCGGCCAGCGCUUCACGUACGACGACCACAACUUCCAGCACAUGAUCGAGCUGUUCAGCGAGAACGUGGAGCUGGCCGUGAGCGGCUGGGCCUUGCUCUACAACGCCUUCCCCUGGAUCGAGUACGUGCCCUUUGGCAAGCACCAGAAGCUGUUCCGCAACGCCGCCGAGGUCUACGACUUCCUGCUGCAGGUCAUCAAGCGCUUCUCGCAGGGCCGGGUGCCCCGCGUGCCGCGGCACUACAUCGACGCCUAUCUGGACGAGCUGGAGCAGAACGCCGCCGACCCCAGUUCCUCGUUCUCCCAGGAGAACCUCAUCUACUCGGUGGGCGAGCUGAUUAUUGCCGGCACGGAGACCACGACGAACACGCUGCGCUGGGCGAUGCUGUACAUGGCCCUGUACCCCAACAUACAAGAGAGGGUGCACAGAGAGAUCGACGCGGUGCUCUCCAACGGACGGGCGCCCACGCUGGAGGACAAGCAGAGGAUGCCCUACGCGGAGGCCGUGCUGCACGAGACCCUGCGCUUCUGCAACAUCGUCCCGCUCGGCAUCUUCCGCGCCACCUCGCAGGACGCGAGCGUCAACGGGUACAAGAUCCCCAAGGGCACCACGGUGAUAACCAACCUGUACUCGGUGCACUUCGACGAGAAGUACUGGAGCGACCCGGGCGUCUUCUUGCCGGAGAGGUUUCUGGACAGUAGCGGCAACUUUGUGCGGCGCGAGGCCUUCCUGCCGUUCUCCCUCGGGCGACGCCACUGCUUAGGCGAACAGCUGGCCAGGAUGGAGAUGUUCCUCUUUUUCACCACGCUGCUGCAGAGGUUUCACCUUCAGUUCCCCCCAGGCACGAUUCCCACAGUCGCUCCCAAACUGGGCAUGACCUUACAGCCCAAACCUUACUCCAUCUGCGCCGUCCGCAGGCAGCAGAGAGUUCCACACGCCGGGGACACUCCCUUUGACAGGUAGGCCCGGCGGGCUUUUCGCUGCAGACAGAAUUUUACCAUGAGUCUGGACCUGUGAGCAGCAUGUCUCUGUGUAAGAGUGAUUUAUUUAGUGGAAUUCUCUUGCUGAGAAAAGCAUGCGCGUUUGCACGGCUGAGCGGCGGGGGGGGGGACGUGGCGGCAGGAAGCAGAUCUCCACAUGUGAGCGAGUUCCCGUGACUCAGGGAAACUGGAAAAGUCCAUGAACCCCGGCGCAGCUGCGAUGGCUUCGGCACAUGUUGUCAAUGAUUGACAGUUAAGUACACGUAUAUGACGGUUCAAAGCCCUGCCUUCUCGGGACAGCGCCGGGUCAGACGGAUGACUCCACCGAGAGAUUUUUCCAAGAACGCACUGAGCGGGACGUGGACGCGUCAUCUGGACUGACUUUGACCCGCCCUCCCCUCUCCAGAGAGAGCUCUUGAUGGACAAGCUUUCUCUCAGAAGGCGACUCAGUUGGAUUCCUAGAAACUCAUGACGCGACCGCUGGGGUUUUCUCGAAAGGGUGCUUAUCAGUACGGACAGAGUACCGCCCCCUUUUUGUGCAACUCCGAUAUUGGUGCUAUUUUUGUGGAUUCACGGAGUCUCAACUCCAGCUUGAGCUGCUCAAACGUCCCAAAUCUGACAUGAACAAUUACCUCAGCUCUGGUUCUGUGACAUGAGCGGCGUCUGAACGGCGAGAGCGCAGACGGAAGACUCACCCGUCUCUUUCCCGAGUGUCAGGGAACCUCAAAGCUCUGCUUCAACACACCUGAUUCGAAGGAAUGAAUGAAUGAAUGAGGUGUGUUGGAGCGAAGGGGUUGACUAAUCUAAAACAUGCACAGCAGCUGUUUCCCAGGACCAGGGUUAUGAAACCUUGGCUUCCGCCCAAUCCUGAGGGGGUAGAGCUAAGUUUUAGGGGGAAGGGCCUCACUCUAAGAAUGAUUUUAGCAGCGCACUGCAUUUCUCCCACUAAACCCAGGUAACGGCGGACCUUUCACCUCCUCGUCUGAGUCUAACGACACGACGAUUCUGUACCUCGCAUGUCCCCAAUCAAUACUCUGAGUAAACUAUAUGUUCAUGAAGGUGUACAUAGGGUGAAUGUCCUCCAUCCCUCGCUGCUCUGUCCUCAGAAGGGACACGCGUUCAUAUAGAAUCAGAUUUAUAACGGACACACAUGAGCAGACGUGUAAAAUGUUAAAAACCGUAAAGAAAUGCACUUAAAUAUGCGACACAUUUAAAAGGCGUAGCACACCCAACCUACAUGUAUUUAAGGUGUUUAGGCCUCAUUCGCCGACAGCUGUGACAGUUCUGGUCACAAGCUACACUCGAGGUCCCACUUAACGCACAUUUUUUUACCCCCCAAAGAUGUUUGUACAAAAUCAUCAAGCGAUUGUGUUCUCUUCCGUUCGACAGUUGUAUCGUGCGAGAUUUAAAGAAAAAGUGUUUGUUUCUGUAAUAAAAACUUGAAAAACAA